AUGCUCCUCGUUCCACUGCUUUUUGUCGUCGUCCUUCUGGUCCGCAUUGUCGCUCCGCUCAGGAGCACCCUCUCACCGUCGCGUUUCGACGUCUUCUUGAAUCGAGUCACGAAUUAUACCUUGACCACAGUAGUGCCGAUCCAGAAUGACAUCGUGAUUCAUUUCAAGAAGCAGCCGUAUGUAACUGUCCUCGCCCCACUGACGCUGUACGCAGCAAGCAGAGAAGGACAGUUGCAGCUCGUUGGCGAGCGCCCCAUCAACGAGCUGGUGCUGACGGUUGCGAGCUGUGUCGGCGGCACGCCGAACAACACGGACUGCAAUGCGGUGUAA